AACAGUUUGGUUUUUGCAACCGCACCAGCAAGUGUUCGCGUGCCUUGGCGGAGAAAAGUUUUGCCUGGAUCUUGUGUCCGAAGUAGUCCCGGGGACGACGGUGACCAGAAAGGAUAAGAGGAACCAGGAAAAAGCUAAAUUCCGACGCCAAUUGAGUGCAGAACUUGGCCAAGGAAGGACACUGGAUAGAUAAUUAGUGUCCCCUCCAGUCUUCCCUCCCCCAUCAUCGUCGACCAGAAGGCGAACAAAGAAUAGCAGUCAUGAAACACUUCUGGAUGCUGGGCUUGUUGGCUCUGAUGCUUCUAGUAUCGUUCACAUCGGCCAACAAAAAGGAAGAAGGCUUCGAGGAAAGUGGAGGCAGCGAACAAGGCGAAGAGCACCACGGCAAGAAAGGUGAAAAGGAGGACAAGGGCUACAAAUCGAAACACGGUGUAGAAAAGAAAGAAAAGGGCGAUCACGCCAAGGAGGAACACGAAUCUCACUACGGUGAAGAGGGUGGCCACAAGAAGGAAAGUCACGACGAGGGUGACGAGUACAAGAAACACCACGAGGAGAAGAAGGGCUCCAAGCAUGGAAAGCAGGGUCACAAAAAGGGCCACAAGAAGGGUUCGAAGACCACGGGUUACCACAAGAAGUCGCACAAGGACGAUUACCACAAGGAGCACAAGUUCUACGAUGAUCACCACAAGGAGGGCAAGCACAAGAAGUACGGAGAUUUCAACGAGCAUCACUCGAAGAAGGCCGAGGACCACAAGAAGGGCGAUCACCACGAGUCGGCCCACAAGGAGGACCACUACUCGAAAAAGGGCCACUCGGACAAGGGCCACCACGAUGAGGACCACAAGGGCUGGAAGAAGAAGCACGGCCACGAGUCGCACUACUCGCAUAAGGACGAUUAUGGCAAGAAGGGUGGCAAGAGCGGUGGCAGCGAGCAUGGAUUCAAGAAGGGUGGUCAUUAAGGGAAGGAAGUGCGGUGCUGGCCGUGAAUACUUGGCUGUUUUGUGAUUUACAUAUAUCGUAUGAAAGUUUUGUUUUUGUAUAUAAGUAGUUUUUGUCAAUCAAUUAGUUUUUAUAGGAUUUGUAUCGAAUAUAAUCCUUAUAUACACA